AUGGAGUAAGUUAUUCUGAUUGUAUAAUUUAAGGGAGAUACAUAAACUCCGGGCACUUUAUUGUUUUGUGGCAUAUAAUUGACUUUUGUCUUUUGCUUAUCUUAAAUAUCAUAGCUAAUAGGUUUGUAAACAUUUUAAUGUUUUUUUUAAUUCAUUUAUCAAACACAAGACAGCAAACCAAGCAAGUACAUUAAAACAAUUUUUACUCCAUCCGCGAUUAGGAUGUAACUGAACCACCGAUGGAACUGAAUAACUUUUAAGAUUUCCGGAAUGUCACGGAUGGCAGUUUAAGUAACCUUAAAUUUUUUAAGUAGGGAUGUGAUAUAUCAUGUGAAGUAUAACUAUCGUUAUCAACACAGUUAAACGUAUUGACAACGAAAAGACUCUUUAACCUGGAGCUAUUAAAAAGUUGAGGGAUCUCAGGACAGUUGUCGCAAAUUCAACUUUCUUUCUUAUAAAUUCCGUAGUGCUAAGAAAAAAGAGUGCGAGACUAAUUUUUCAGUUCUCAGUAAUAACAGUUUUACCUAAGCAAGAUUUAACAAAUCGAUAGAAGUUAUCUUAAAUGAAGGAUGGAGUUGCAUAAUUUUAAGGUGACAACCACAGCACGGUGUGGAAAUAGUUUUGUGGUUUGCCUCUCUAAUAUAAAACGAUUCAUUCACUUGAUAUUGAAAAAAGGCAAACAAAAACUGAGGAUGUAUGAUUUCUUUGCCCUGUUUCACACUCGUCGAGUAAAAUGAUUUUGAAUUGAGUGAUAUUUGUAAUUGUAAGAGAAAUAAUAAUCGUUACCUGCGUUAAUUUGAUUAUUUUGAUAAUAUCAGAACGGGCAAAGAGCAAUAACCCGAAUUAAUAUAGCAUUUUCGGUGAACAAGUUCGAAUAAUUAUUAACAGCGAUGUAUUAAACUUCAGAAACACUCUUUGUAAACAAAAUAUCAGAAUUUGCAUUUUAAUGACCACUCACAAUUAACAAUGCGUGGCAUUUCUGGGAAUUUUGCUGUUUACGGAAGUAAUUGCGUUUUCUCAGAAAACGUUUGAAAUUCCUCGAAGGAAACACAAAUUCUCCAGUUAACGACGCUUGUUAUCAGGCCAGAGGUCUAUUAUCUCACUCAGAUUUGGGUCAAUAAUUAUGGCAAGUAAAAACACUGAUAGCAACUCUCAGUUAAGCUCUCAGGUUCAAGAGAAAUUUUCAGCGAACCAACAAACGCCAAAGAUUUAUGAUCAAAAGGAUUCAUGGCGGCGGGAAAUGGAGCUUGUUAUCCAAGAGCUUUAUCCCACCUGUCGCCUUGUGUUGUGUGGGUCUUCUGCGAACGGAUUCGGAAGCAUCGAUAGCGACAUCGAUCUGAUUUUGACCACUGAAGGAAAGGCAGAGGGCGAAUCCUACAUGUUAAGGAGAAUAGAGUCGCUUUUUACUCGAAAGCCUCGACGCUAUGAAACAAGGGUGGUAACCGACGCCAGAAUUCCAAUCAUAAAGCUCAAAGACAAGGAGAAGUCUUAUGAAUCUGACAUCUCCGUCAAUAACUGGGCUAAUGUGCGUAACGCUUUCCUUUUGAAAUGUUACUCCGAGUGCGAUCCAAGAGUGAAACCUCUGGUUGUCACCAUCAGACUGUGGGCUCAGAAGGCUGAGAUUACCAACGCAAGAUUACACCGACUUUCUGGUUUCGCAGUCGUGCUACUUGUCAUCAAUUAUCUACAAGCUGGGUGUUCCCCUCCUGUUCUGCCCGCCCUCCAAAAAGAUUUCCCAGAACUCUUUCGAUCAACAGAAUAUGAUGUCAUAUCAAAACUCACCGGCAGCGCUCCUCCGCAAGUAAAAUCAUACAAAUCGAAGAACACCCAAAACCUUGGUGAGUUAAUGAUCGGUUUUUUCAAGUACUACUCCUCUUUUGAUUGGAAGAAAACCAUAUCUGUUCGAAUGGGGAAUACUCAGCCAACUUCACGAUAUGGAAGAGUUUGGAGUGGACCCUACAUUAAGCUGGAAGAUCCAACAGACGAAGGAAAUGUCACAAGGGGCGUGUAUAACUCGAGUGAAUUCACACGUAUUAAGAAUGCCUUUGAAUCUGCCUCGUCUCAGCUGGAACAAAAAGCAUCUCUGCAAGACAUUUUCUUAGGUUAGAAUGAUCAACAUCUGAAGCGAGGAGAAAUGAAAGUUAGCUUUAAAACAGAAGCCUAGCUAAUUCAAAAGUUAUUUGUAUGCCAGUAAAAGAUUUUGAUGCACAUAAUCACAAAUAUAUCCUUUAGCUGAUGAUCGUAGCCUUUGUGGUGAUAACUAGGGGGUGAUAGUGGUAUAAAACACAAGUAUGCAUUACAGACCUAUCUAAACUAUUGUGGGGUAUUUUGUUAGAAAAUUGUAGAAGAAUAGGUCAUUAAACUAAACCGGGAACUAGUCAAA